AUUUUUUUUAACCCAAAAGUGAAAAUGUAGAAGUUUUCCGUUUAAAAAAAAAAUAGUUUCGUGAUCCGGUUGAAAUUUCCCAAAUUGGGAAAAUUCUCCAGAUGAAUGUUGUGGGCCCGUAGAAAGAUGAAGUGGCAAAAGGCAUCCGCAGAUCUUCUCUCGGAGAAGACUUUCCUCAUACUCAAGGACGACUUGGAAAUUCAAGCCAAGGAAUCGUCAGGAUGUCGAAAAAAGACGAUUUGUGUCGGAAACACGGGAACCUGGCCCCCGAAAUUGAAGAAAAAGCUUCUCUCGGACCAGCAGCAAGACGAGUCCCGGGAGAGGCCGAAGACGGGAAUUUUGGAAAAACCGAAUGUCUUGAACCCGGACCUGGUGGACAAAUUGGACAUGUCCCUUUUGAGCAAGGAGCUUUUCUCUGAUUCGGUGAGCCGGAUUCAGUUGGGUGGGGGUGCGCCCUCGCCCUCGACCUCGUCCUCCAGCUCAGCGAGGCGGCGACGGAGUGUGCCCCUCGACACGGAACAUCGGCAGACCCGGACAGGCUUCACUAGAAGAUCCACGCGCAAGAAACGUCCGGCUUUUCCGCAUUCGAGCGACGAUUUCGAUUUUUCCAGAGUCGACCUGACACACUUUGAACAAUCCUCUUCUCUUCAACUGCAGAAACUUCCCAAGUCAGGAAAAACUGUUAGGAGAUUGGACAACAAUAACAACGGAAAUGGAUCAUCCCUACAAAGUAAAAUUUCAAAUUCCUCGAAAUUAAAACAGAAGGGUGCAAAAAAUAAAAUUUCACCGGAUGUCGAACUGUUUACGAGAUUUAGUAAAAAAGCACCCGAGCCUUGCACUACUUGCGGACAUCCUGAUCAACCAGAACGUUUUCAUAGUCACCCGAAAAUACCGAUUCUUAAAAAUAGAACUGGGGCCAACCUUCAGAGAUUAAAUAAAAUUUCAGUGACGAAAAAGAGUGUCCAAAAACCAGUAGCUUUGAAUUUUCGAAGCGAUAGGAAUAAAAAAAAGAUGGAAAAAAAUUUGGCAGCAAAAGCAAUUUCGGAAAGACAAACCAAAACCCUCAGUCCUCUUGCUUCCAAAAAUAAUUCGGGUGGUCUUUCAAAAGCUGGAAUAAGAGGUUUUAAGACAUGCUACAUUUGCAGUCGGGAAUUUGGAACUGCCAGUUUUCCGAUUCACGAACCGAAAUGUUUACAGAGAUGGGAACGGGAAAAUAAAGCUUUACCACCAUCGCAAAGACGACCAGUUCCUCAAAGACCGGAUGUUUCUAUUGAUCAUCGAGACUGGAAUUCCGCAGCCUGGGAAAGGAGUCAAACUCAACUUGUACCGUGUGCCAUAUGUGGAAGAACUUUUCUUCCAGAUAGAUUAACUGUUCAUCAAAAAUCCUGCAGAUUGGAGUCAAAAAAUGGAGAGAUUGAGAAUCGAGAUUUAGACUCAAUCUCAAAUCCAAUUCGGGUAGGGUCAGGACCCCCAACUGUUGUUUGUGAAAUUUGCGGUCGAAAUUUUGGAACGAGAAGUAUCAAAAUUCACGAGCCCCAAUGUUUAAAAAAAUGGCAAAUCGAAAAAGAGAAAGCACCCAAAAAAAGUCCAUUGAUCUCUCGACCUGAAGUCGAAAUACCAUCAAAAAAAUCCUCAACGGACUCUGUAUGCACAAGAGCGUUCACGUGUUAUAUAUGUGAAAGAAAUUUUGGUUCUGCAAGUAUUGCCAUUCACGAGGCACAAUGUAUAAAAAAGUGGCGCGUUGAAAAUAAUAAAUUGCCAUUCAAUAAGAGAAGAAAGGAGCCUCAGAAACCUGAAGAAACUUUGUUACAUCAUUCGUCUUUGGCAAAAUCGUCCUUAAGUCCAGUUGAAUUGGCCGAAAUAACUUUUAAACAACAUCUUGUAAAAUUGGUUCCAUGUAAACAAUGUGGAAGAACAUUUAAUCCAGACAGAGUCGCUGUUCAUGAACGAAGCUGUAAAGGAACUCGAUGAAGAAUUUUUUUAAUUUAAUUUUUUUUGUUAUUCUCUUCAGUAAUUUGAAAAUAUUGAAUUGAGUGAACGAAAGAGUUGAGUUUAUAUUUUAAGAAACUGCAAGUGUCUUCUGUCUGCCUUCUAAUUUUUAUUUACAAGUAACCAUCAGUGCCUAUAAUCAUUAGAGUAUGUAAAAAAAUCAUUUUUAAAUUUUUGAAAUAUUAGCCAUUUUAUUAAAAAACAAAAUUUAACAACAUGCAUUUAUAAAAAAAAUGUUGCUUUUCUUAGCAGGGUAACUCUUAUUUAUAUUUGCAACUUACU